AUGGAGCACCCAAAUAUUAUCAAUGAAUAUAUAGAAACAGGUCUAGAAAAAGGUAGAAUUGCUGGACCAUUCCUUACACCCCCAUUAGAUCGCUUUAUUGUAUCACCCCUCGGUUUAGUGCCAAAAGGUAAUUCAGGUAAUUUCAGAAUAAUUCAUGACCUGUCUUUUCCUAAAGACCAAUCCGUGAAUGCCAACAUUCCAAAAGAGCUCUCUGCUGUGCACUAUGAUUCAAUUGAUAAUGUUGUAGGUUUGGUUCAAAAAUUUGGUAAAAAUAGUUUAAUGGCAAAGUCCGACAUCGAAGAUGCCUUUAGGAUAGUUCUAAUUCACCCUCUAGAUCACCAUCUGUUAGGAUUUCAUUGGGAAAAUUCAUUCUAUUAUGACAUGUGUUUACCAAUGGGGGCAAGUAGCAGUUGUCAAAUUUUUGAAUCAUUAAGCUGUGCACUACAAUGGAUAAUGGAAAUCGUUUUUAAAGCAGCGGGGGUUUCUCAUAUCCUAGACGAUUUUUUCUUUGUGGGCCCACCAAAUUCAUCAAAGUGUAGGGAUGAUCUAGUUAGUUUCUUAUUCUUGUGUAGGCAAACUGGGAUUCCUAUUAAGAUGCAAAAAACACAGACACCAACAACUAAAAAAAUUAUCUAUGGGAUAGAAGUAGAUACAGGGACAAUGGAAUACAGACUUCCAUAUGAAAAAGUUGUCAAGAUUAGAGAAAUGUUAGAUCACUUAAAAAAGUGCAAAAAAGUCUCAUUAAAAGAAUUACAGUCAGCCAUAGGUCUUCUUAGCUUCGCGUGUGGGGUAGUAGUACCUGGUAGGGCUUUCUUAAGGCGUUUAAUCAAUCUCACAUGUGGUUUCGAUGAUUCUAAACGAUAUGUUAAGCUAGAAAAGGAAGCGAGAGCUGACUUAGCUACCUGGUCAUAUUUCAUAGACCACUUUAAUGGAAAGUCUGUUUUCCUAAAUAAAGAAUGGAUGUCUUCAGAACACCUAAAUCUCCAAACUGAUGCGUCAGGGUCUCAUGGUUUUGCUGCAGUUUUGGGUUCAAAAUGGUUUGCGGAGACAUGGCCUGAUGCCCUUAUACAUUAUCAAAUUUGCAUCAAAGAACUUUUUCCGAUUGUUAUUGCAUUAGAAUUAUGGGGGCAUGAACUUCAAAACAAAAAAAUAUUGUUUUUAUCUGACAGUAUGGCAGUUGUAGAAAUCAUAAAUAAACAGACAUCUAAAGAACAUAACCUCAUGAAAUUGCUACGUCGGCUUGUAUUAGUAGCAAUGCAGUGCAAUAUACACUUUAGAGCAAAACAUGUUUCAGGAAAAUCCAAUGUACUUGCUGACAGACUCUCUCGUUUAAAAUUUCAGGAGGCUUUCAGGGAAGCUCCAUUCUUAGACAAACAUCCAACCCAUGUUCCUUGCCAGCUUUUGCACAUUUAA